UUGCUCUUGGAGCCAAAACAGCCCAAUCUUCUACAUUAAAUUUCCUUGGAUUGGCUAAAAAUGCUGUAGAUGGAAACAGAAAUUCCAAUUAUCUGUAUGGGUCAUGCACUCAUACUUUCCUUGAGAGUAAUCCGUGGUGGAGAGUGGACUUGAUGGGUGUUUACAAGAUUUCCAGGGUUACCAUCACAAAUCGUGGAGACUGUUGUGGAGAGUGGCUAUCUGGUGCUCAGAUCCGUAUUGGCAACAGCCUAAAUAGCAACGGCAACAACAAUGAGCUGGCUACAACAAUUUGGUCCAUCCCAAAUGGAGGCACUGAAACAUAUAAGUUUAAGCCUAUUAAGGGACGAUAUGUCAACAUUGUCAUACCUGGGAUUUUGAAAAUUCUCAUUUUGUGUGAGGUUGAAGUAUAUGCCAGAUGAAGAAGGAUGAGAUGAAGAUAAAGGACUACAGUCAACUGAGAUCCUAGAAGGGAAAAAGACAAAGAAAAAAAAAACUUACAAUACUUUUCAGGCUGUGUAAAGGGCAUUACACAUAUCUGUGUUAUCUGUGUUUUGAAUAAACUUGUUUUCAGUGUAUUGAAAAUGCACUUUUUAUGCUGAAGAGCUGUU